AUGGCGACGUCGCCGCCGCCGGUCGAGGAUCAGGCGCGUCUGCUCGAGGAUGCGCUCGCCGUGGUCCGCCAACAGACGAUGCUCAUGCGCCGUUGCCUCGAGACGCCCGGCAAGCUGAUGGAUGCGCUCAAGUGCAGCUCUACGCUCGUCUCGGAGCUGCGGACAAGCAGCCUGGGACCUAAGCAGUACUACGAGCUUUACAUGUCCGUCUUCGAUGCCCUGCGCCAUCUUUCCGUCUACCUUCGCGAAAAUCACCCCGUGAAUCACCUCGCAGACCUGUAUGAGCUCGUCCAGUACGCCGGGAACAUCAUUCCUCGCCUCUAUCUCAUGGUCACCGUGGGCACUGUAUAUAUGGCCAUUGAGGAUGCGCCUGUCAAGGAGAUUAUGAAGGACAUGAUGGAGAUGAGCCGUGGCGUGCAACACCCCAUUCGCGGCCUAUUUCUGCGGUACUACCUCGCUGGGCAGGCACGCGACUGUCUGCCUGAGGGAGACAGUGAGGGUCCGAAGGGAAACUUGCAAGAUUCGAUCAGCUUCAUACUCACCAACUUCGUAGAGAUGAAUAAAUUGUGGGUGCGGCUGCAGCACCAAGGUCAUUCAAGAGAGCGGGAACAGAGGACUAAGGAGCGCCAGGAGCUACAACUCCUGGUAGGCAGCAAUUUGGUCCGUCUCAGCCAGCUGGUCGACCUGCAAAACUAUAAGAAAAUCUUGAGUCCGUUAUUGGAGCAGAUAGUGCAAUGCCGGGAUGUUUUGGCGCAGGAAUAUCUUUUGGAAGUUGUAACUCAAGUCUUCCCCGACGAAUUUCACCUCCACACUCUCGACCAGUUCCUCUCUGCAGUCGCCCGCUUGAACCCGCACGUGAACGUUAAAGGCAUUGUAGUUGGCCUGAUGGACCGCUUAUCUGCAUACGCGCAACGGGAGUCCGAGUCAGAAAGCCCAGACCAGCGCAAGAAGACGGAAGAGGAGGCGAUCGCACAUCUCAUGGAACAGUUGAGGAUACAAAAGGAGCAAAAGCCUGUUGAACCGCAGUCUCCGGCAACCCGACAAAACGGUGACACAUUCGAGUCAGAAACGGCUGCCGAUUCUGCAUCGAUAGCAACUUCAACGACUGCUGCGGAGCCUGUAGAUCCCGAAGCGCGCAAAGCAUCUGAAUCCAACGAGGCUGCUGAGACAGACGGCGAAAUCGAAAAACACAGGGGCAUACCGAAGAACGUGAAGCUGUUCGAGAUUUUCCACGAACAAGUAGCGACGCUGGUUAAGAUGCAACGGCUGUCGAUCCAGGACACUGUCGGUCUGCUUGUUUCACUAGCUAAUCUUGCAUUAAACAUAUAUCCCGAGCGACUUGAUUACGUCGACCAAGUACUAACCUUCGCGAACCAGAAGGUUGCCGAGUUCGCAAACAGCGCUGACCUGCACUCGCAAGCGUGCCAAAGUCAGAUCCUAAGCCUCCUCCUGGCACCUAUCAAAACAUACGUAUCCAUGUUCACCGCUCUCGCUCUACCCAACUUCAUUCCUCUACUACACAACCAGCCAUAUCCAACGCGAAGGGCUGUAGCUGGCGAAGUGGCAAGAAGCUUGUUGCGGAACCAGACACAUAUCACUUCAGUUGAGAACCUAGAGAGCGUCUUAGAGAUCCUCAAGGUUCUCAUCAAAGAGGGGAUGCAGCAGGCCACGGGGUAUCCCGGCGGUCCCAUCCAGCGAAGAGCGCAAGAGACAGACGAAACAAUAGAAGAGCAAGGCUGGUUGGCACGGAUAGUACAUUACAUCGACGGAGCUGACAACGAUACCCAAUUCAAGCUUCUUCAAACUGUGCGCAAGGCCUUUGCGGAGGGCAACGAUCGCAUCAAAUUCACUAGCCCAGCGAUUAUCACUGCCUCCCUGAAGCUUGCGCGUCGCUACAAGGCUCGCGAGCAUUUCGAGGACAACUGGCAAUCACAGUCAAGUGCUCUUUACAAGUUCAUGCACAGCACACUGUCGACCCUGUAUACUCGGGUGACGGGCUCUGCCGACCUAUCGCUUCGGUUAUUUAUUGCUUGCGGACAGGUCGCGGAUCAAAAUGGGUUCGAGGAAGUCGCGUACGAGUUCUUCGCGCAAGCCUUCACAGUGUACGAAGAGGCCAUCAGCGAUUCAAGAGCACAGUUCCAAGCGGUAUGCGUCAUCGCAAGCGCAUUGCACACUACCAGGAACUUUGGCAAAGAAAAUUACGAUACUCUUAUCACAAAGUGUGCGCUGCACGGGAGUAAGCUCCUCAAGAAGCCAGAUCAAUGUCGCGCGGUGUAUCUGGCGAGUCAUCUCUGGUGGGCGACUGAAAUUCGGACUCUGGGCGAGGAAGACCCCAAGAAUCUGUACCGCGACGGUAAGCGCGUGCUCGAAUGUCUGCAGCGAGCUCUCCGUGUAGCGGACGCCUGCAUGGAUGCCGCGGUGUCUGUCGAGCUCUUCGUCGAAAUUUUGAACCGCUAUGUAUACUACUUUGACCAGGAGAACGAUGCGGUCACUACAAAGUACCUCAAUGGACUCAUCGAGCUCAUCCACUCCAAUCUUCAGUCCAACGAGAACGCGUCCGCGCUCGAGAAUCCGAAACGGCAUUUUCAGCGUACGCUAGAUUACAUCGCGAGUAGAGAGUAUGAAGGCGUUGUUACGACGCCAAAGUAG